AUGGAAGGUGAAGGCGACCCCAAUGCGCAAGUGCGAUACCAGCUCACUCAAUCGUCGGCGCUCCCAUCGGAAUCUCCCGACCUCGACUUCGACGUCGGAUGUGAUAUCAUUCGUGACCGAGCGCUUAUCGUCACGCCUCUUCAAGUCUGUUGCGUACGUUGCGAUACUCAUCGAUUCAAGGAGCAGGUAGCCCAUGUUUAUUUGUCGGCGCCAACGAGUCUGCGAUUGUCACAGUACAUCGAUGUGAGGUUCGAUCUCUCUGGCCAUCGCCAAGGAAAUUCGAGCCCGCCACUGUGGUGUGACCGCUUAAGAUUAUAAUGGCGAGCUGUUUUUUUCGCUUCAAGAAUCAUUCAUCGGAUUCCCCGAUGUGUGUCUUUGAAAGGACACAGGCCCACGUCAGUCAACUGUCGCGCCAUUUGCGACUCGACAGAAAACUGACUAAUUCGACCCUCAACUGGGUACCCAUAGCUGAUGAUGCCUGCGGGCGCUAUUCCCUUGGCGCAUUCUCUUGAUCUGGAUCACAAAAGACAAUCCUCGACACGGCUGUAUUCGAUCGGCUAGAGUCUAGUCCUGCUGCCAGUACACUCCUGAGUUCUGCCCAAUUCAUUCAACUGGCCAAGACGCAGCAGCUUCGAAUCCUCCACACCUCUGAAUAG